UUGGGAACCGCCGGUGUGGGGAUCCGCGGCGCCGCCAGCCGGGAGGGAUCCCCCCUUGGAUCCAGCGCCUGCUAGGGAACCAGGUGUGCGGCCGCCGGGAGGCGCCCGGGAACUGGGGGCUGCAGAUUGUGAGCGACGAGGCCAAGAAAUGAUGCACGCAGAAAGGAGCAACCAGAGUUUUGACUCUAAGUUAAGGACAGAUUCUUUCACGUAUGAUGUUAAGCGAGAUGUGUAUAAUGAGGAGACCUUUCAACAGCAACACAGAACAAAGACCAUUUCUUCUAGGAACUUGGACAUCGACAUCACCACCUUCAGACACCAUGUUGAGUGCCGCUGCUCAUCGCCCAAGUUCCUAAGAUGCAUGCUUACACUCUUUCCCUUCCUAGAGUGGGUAUGUUUCUACCGAUUCAAGGACUGGCUUCUUGGAGAUUUACUUGCUGGUUUAAAUGUUGGCCUUGUGCAAGUUCCCCAAGUACUGACGUUUGGUUUGCUGGCAAGGCAACUGAUUCCUCCUCUAAGUGUCUCUUAUGCAGCUUUCAGCUCUUCAAUAAUUUAUGUAAUUUUUGGAUCAUGUCAUCAAAUGUCUAUUGGUAACUUCUUCCUUGUAAGUGCACUCAUGAUCAAUGUCCUGAACGUCUACCCAUUCAACAAUGGCCACCUGCUACUGGGAACUUUCAUCAAGGGUGAUUUUUCUAACCCUGCCUACAUUAUGGCCUAUAACAAAUCAUUGAGUGUGGUGGCAUCCACAACUUUUCUGACUGGGAUCAUUCAGUUAUGCAUGAGUGCAUUAGGUUUCGGCUUCGUUGCCACUUACCUUCCUGAGGCUGUAAUCAGCGCUUACCUGGCUGCCGCAGCAUUGCACGUUAUCCUGUCUCAGUUGGCUUUCAUCUUCGGGAUUACGAUUAGUUUCCACGCUGGUCCUGCCUCCUUUUUCUAUAGCCUGGUUAACUACUGUAUGACUCUCCCAAAAGCUAAUUCCACCAGCAUCCUACUAUUUCUAACUACUGUUGUGGCUCUGAGAAUCAACAAAUGUAUCAGAAUUUCCUUCAAUCAGUAUCCUUUGGAGUUUCCCAUGGAAAUUGUUCUGAUUCUUGGCUUCACUGCACUUGCAAACAAGGUAGGCAUGGCCACAGAGAACACAGAGCUAGUCAUGGAUAUGAUUCCUUACAGCUUCCUGUUUCCUAUAAAGCCAGAUUUCAGCAUUUUUCGUCAAAUUAUUUUAGAAGCCAUCUCCUUGGCACUAGUGAGCUCCUCUCUGCUCAUCUUUGUGGGCAAGAAGAUUGCCUCUUUCCAUAACUACAAUGUCAAUUCCAAUCAGGAUUUAAUAGCCAUGGGCCUUUGCAAUGUUGUCAGUUCAUUUUUCAAUUCUUGUGUGUUUACUGGUGCUAUGAUCAGGACUAUUAUCCAGGAUAAGUCUGGAGGAAGACAACAGUUUGCAUCUCUGGUAGGCGCAGGUGUGAUGCUGCUCCUGAUGGUGAAGGUGAAACACUUCUUCUACGAAAUGCCAAACGCUGUGCUGGCUGGUAUUAUUCUGAGCAACCUCCUACCCUACUUUGAAACCAUUUAUUAUCUACCCAGUCUGUGGAAGCAGAGUCAAUAUGACUGUGUUAUUUGGGCGGUGACAUUCUUAGCUUCACUUCUCCUGGGACUCGAUCUUGGACUACUCAUUUCAAUAAUGUUUGCCUUCUUCAUUGUUACCGUUCAGUCACACAAAACUAAGAUUUUCCUCCUGGGUCAGAUCCCUAACACCAACAUUUAUAGAAACAUCUCGGACUAUCGGGAGAUUACGAGCAUUUCUGGGGUAAAGAUCUUCCAGUGCUGCAACGCCAUUACCUUUGUAAAUGUUCACUACCUAAAGCACAAGCUGCUGAAAGAGAUUGAAAUGAAAAGGGUGCCUCUUAAAGAAGAAGAAAUUUUCAGACUGUUCAAUCCAGGCCAUCACUUCCAGAGGGACCACAUUUGGAGGUGUUACUGCAACUGUGAUGAACUGGAGCCACUGCCCAGGAUUGUCUAUACAGAACGAUUUGAAAGUAAACUGGGCCAUGAUACAUCCUCCAUUAACCUGAUCCGCUGCUCACGUUUGGAAAGCAUAAACAUGAGCGAAUCUUCGUCUGAAAGACAAAUACCAUUCACGGUAUCUUCCAUGUCCCGGAGAAUUCCAGAGCAAAACUAUGAGGAUGUGGAGGACCUUUGGUUUCCUAAUAAUGUCUCUGGAAAGAGCUCGAUUCCACUUUCUGCUCCAAAUGAAAGUUUGAUCAGGGACACAGCACUCGCCCCUUACUCAAGCAUAACUGUUCAAUCUGCCACCCACACCAUCAUCUUGGAUUUUACCAUGGUGCAUUAUGUGGAUUCACGGGCUUCAGUCAUAUUAAGACAGAUGUGCAAUGCUUUCCAAAACGCCAACAUUUUGGUGCUCAUUGCAGGGUGUCACUCUUCUUUGGUCAGGUCAUUUGAGAGGAAUGAUUUCUUUGAUGCUGGCAUCACCAAGGCCCAGAUGUUCCUCUCCGUCCACGAUGCUGUGCUGUUUGCCUUGUCAAGGAAGUUUGCAGACUAUUCUGAGUUAAGCUUGGAUGAAUCUGAGACAGUGAUACAGGAAACCUACUCAGAAAAAGACCAGGUAGAAGACUUAAGACAUCACAUGGACAACAGUCCUCUAGAAAUGUCCUCAAAUAUAAAUCCAGACUUCACACUCAUGGACUCAGUAACACAGCAGAAGUCAGACCUAGACAUGGAGCUGGAUACCAGGUUGGAGUCAGAACAAGAUUCUGAAAUAGACCAGUUUAAUGAGAUGGACCCUGAAUCUGAAUCCAAGCCUGAGCAUGAGCCUGAAUCUGAGAUCAGGCCCAGGUCUUAUACUUAUCCUCAGAAACAACACAGAUCUCAGUUUCAAUCAAUGCCUUCCAGAUCCCCAACUUAUCCUAGGACAUGGUCAGUGGACAAGAGGCGUCAAAAGGUGAAUUCAUAUCCACCCAUGCGCAAUGACUCUGAAGAUUUCUUGGAUGUAAUAUGAAUGAGAGGUUAGAUUCCCUUGGCAAAUCCUCCCCACCCCACUGGGGUCACUUGGUCAGGAGACUUAGACUAAUGACAAACUAGCAGUACUUGCUUUAGGCUCCACCUGCCAACUUUUUCCUUGCUCAGCCCUGCAAUCUCACUCCCACAUGAAAAUACUAAAUACCAAGAAUUGUCUCUGAAUUUCCUUUGCAGGCUCACCUCAUUUAGCAGAUUUUCUAAUGAGGUAUUUCCUUCUUCACAAAUCCUACACCUCUGGGGGUUUUACCAGGCCACCUCUAACUUACUCCUCUCAUCUCUGUUCCCCGUCUUACAAAGAGAUGAGGCUCAAAUAAAAUAUAUAGCUCUAGGCUCAAAUAAAAUAUAUAGCUCUCUUAUAUUUGGACCCUUCCUGCACCUUCUCCCUUCUAUGUAUUCCAUAUGUCCAAGGAAAUGUCAGGUGGAAGAAAUUCCAAAAUGGAUGGACAUGGUGGGAAAAAGAUGAGGAAGAAGAAGAAAAAAGACGGAGAACAUUUGUAUUUUACAUGCAAGUUAUCUUCAUUCAAUGAUGGUGCAAACUGGGGAAAAUUGGCCAGCCUGUGAGACCUGUAGAACAAGGAAUUGUUAAGCUGAAAGUACUUUUACCAUCACGCCAAGGUCAGGAUCUAGCCUUGGUCUUCAGAUUCACAUUCACCAUGACUUUUUCUUACAGGUUUCUAAAAUACAGACAGCCUAGAAUUUGUAUUCUUGAUGGACCAAACCUAGCUAAAAUCUGUGACAGACACAUAUCCCUUAGGAGUUGGAAGUCAAUCAUAACUAGCUUGGUCCAAAUCCAUUCAAAAAAUUUCACUUACCCCCAUUUUUAAAAAUCUUGUAUUAAACUGCAACAAAAGGGAAAUGUAUAUACCCAGGCAAAGGUAUAUUUCCCACUCAAUAAACAGUACUCCUCUUGCUUGGGUACUCAAUAUCUCUUGCCUGUUAGAAGAAAGUCUUGUUAAAAUAUAGGUUUUUCAUCACAGAGAUAGAAUGGGCAUUCACUCAUUCUAC